AUGGCGCGGCCUUCCAACCCGCCUGCCCCAGUCGCAGCAGCUCCAGGGGGUUGUGCCGAAACGCAACGCAAAGCAGCGUCCAACCCAGCCGUUGAGGCACUGGACCAGAUCCUGCCGACUCCCCCCGAGUACCCAGGUCAGACCAACGACCCUGCACACUGCACAGCCCAGUCGCCGGACAGCGUCUGGUGCCCGCCGCGACGUGCCGCCGCGCAUCAACCUCUACCGGCCGGCUGGUCUAGCGUGAUCCAGGCCGGGCGCCACCUCUUUGUAUGGCAUGCGGAUCGCAGGACCACCUUUGUCGACCCACGCCUCGAUGAUCACCUGCCGCCAUCAUUGCGGCGGCUCGCCUUGCCCACGGGCUGGGAACUUGAGUUUGACGAUGACGAUGAGCCCUAUUUCAUCUCCCACACGGCCCGCCGCACUGAGCGCCGGCCGUCGUGGCUCUCUCGACCCCGAUGUCUCAAUCCGCAAAAAGGUAUUUUUUUUUUUUUUCAAAGGCGCAGCCAAUGGGCACUGGCACAUUUUCCAUGGCUUGAACGAACAACUCUGUUACAGAUGUCAUCGCUUCUCGUGCUGCAACGGGAAGGCUUGAUGCGAGACUCGUGGCUAGCCAUGACGGCUUUACCUGUGCAUCAACUUCAGCGACGCUUAUUCGUAUCCUUUGAGGGCGAGGCAGGCCGUGACUUUGGAGGCUUGGCUCGCGAGUGGAUGGAUCUCAUGUGCAAUGGUAUGUCUCACCACUUGCCUCUGGCACUUGUCCCAACGAUGACUCCCACUAAAGAAGCGCUCGAUACCAUUGAAUUUUUGGGACGAGUUGUUGGACUUGCCCUAUUUCAUGGCCGACUUAUCAAUCCACAUUUCAGUCUGAUUGUGUACAAGAUGCUUUUGGACCAGCCCUGCGCGUCUCUGGAUGACCUUGCCACCGUGGAUCCUGAAAUGCAUCAUGGGUAUGUUCUGGCAAUUUGCUCCAAUGAUGUCUGCCGUACUGAUCUUUUCUCUCCUCGCACUGUAGGAUCGACCAAGCCUGUCACCGACGCCAAUAAACGAGACUAUGUGGAUUGCUUGUUGCAGUGGCGGCUGAAUCGUGGCGUUGCCGAGCUCUUGGAGGCCUUCAAAAUUGGCCUCACCAGCUUUAUUCCGCUCUCGGCCUUGGCUGGUUUCACAGCGCCUCGUCUGCGCCUUCUCGUCAGCGGCUUGCAGCAGAUUGAUGUGCGCGAAUGGAGAACAGCCACAGCUUAUGUCAAUGGCUAUGGCGAAGAUGCGAUCCAAGUACAAUGGUUUUGGCAGUGGGUCGACCAAGCUGACGAAGCGCAGCGUGCCAAGUUGUUAACCUUUUGCACCGGCUCGACUCAGCUCCCGGCGCAAGGCUUUCAUGGCCUGAGUGGAAUUCACGGCUAUUGCCCGUUCGUCAUCGCCAGGGUUGGCGAUGUGGACCGUUAUCCAGCCGCGCACACCUGUGUGAAUCGCUUAGACCUGCCGGCAUAUGCUUCGCGAGAUGUGCUUCAUGCUCGCCUCAGCUUUGCCGUGCAAGAGACGGAAGGCUUUGGCUUGGUGUAG